ACUCCUCUUCCCAUACUCUUAAUUCCUUAGAUCAUCAUCAUCAUGGGUGUUUUCAAUUACGAGGUCGAGACCCCCUCCGUUAUCCCAGCGGCAAGGCUGUUCAAGUCCUAUGUCCUUGAUGGCGAUAAGCUCAUCCCAAAGGUUGCACCUCAAGCUAUUACCAGCGUUGAAAACGUUGGAGGAAAUGGAGGGCCUGGAACCAUCAAGAAUAUCACCUUUGGCGAAGGCAGCCGUUACAAGUACGUGAAGGAGAGGGUUGAUGAGGUUGACAACACAAACUUCAAAUAUAGCUACACCGUGAUCGAGGGUGAUGUCCUGGGUGACAAGCUGGAGAAGGUCUGCAGCGAGCUGAAGAUAGUGGCAGCCCCUGGUGGGGGAUCCAUCUUGAAGAUCAGCAGCAAGUUCCACGCCAAAGGCGACCAUGAGAUUAAUGCAGAGGAGAUGAAGGGUGCCAAAGAAAUGGCCGAGAAACUUUUAAGGGCGGUUGAGACCUACCUAUUGGCACACUCUGCUGAAUACAACUAAAUAUCGUCUUGUGUCUUCGCCCAAUAAUAACUUGUACGUGGCUUUCAUGUUUUUUUUUUUAAAACUUUGUUUACUUGCUAAUAAAGGAGCUUGCGGUUGUGUUCAUCUGCUUGCUGAAAUCGAUGUUGUAACUCGGAAGAAUGCAAACUGAAUGUUGUAUUACUUUUUGCAUAUAUACAAAUAAUGGAAAGGAUAACAUCAUUGAAGUUCAAA